ACCAWUUUUAUUAUUUUUAUAGUGUGGCACAAGUACCAGGUCAAUCUAUUCCUCCUGCUGCCACACGUGGGGAAAUAUAGCAUGAAAUCGUUUACUGUAAAUUUAGGGUUUUAUCAGCUGAUGUUACUUUCAAGUAGUUAAAAUAAUAUGGAACACUUGAAUAUCACUCUGCAUUUCAAAAUCCAAAUAUAUUUUGUUUGCUACUCCUGUAGGAUUAAAAUCAUUAGCAAUAACACUGCUAUGAUGUAAGCUAAUUACAAACAGUGCUAACGAUAGCAGACAUGUUGCAUAAAGUAGCUAAGGAAUGAUAAAGCAUUUGAUGUUGAGAUGUUGGUAUAAUGGGGCUCCAAAUGAAAAUCUAAGGCUUCAAAAAGUGUUGGACCRGCCCUGAAACGCAUCACGAAAGGCUUUUUUGAUGUUCUUCAAAAGCACAGGUGUCUAGUCCUGGAGGGCCACUGCCCUGAAACUUUAAGAUGUGCCUCCGCUGCACCACACCUCAAUAGAAAUUAGRUCAUUAGGAAGAMGGAGGAACUUAUCUACACAAKAAGGAGGUAAUUAAGCCAUUUCAUUCCAGUGUUUUAUWCCUCUGGCACAUCUAAAAACUGCAGGACAGUGGCCCUUGAGGACAGGAGUUUGACACCCCUGUCCAAAAGUAUCGACUGAAUAAAGAAGGCACGCCCACAUGUUUCCUUGUAAUGACCGCUAGGUGGCAGCAGACUUUUAGAAGUUGCUGGUUCGCUCCAGCGUUCACAAAAAUCCGAUGAAAUUCACUCAGAAUAUAUAAAAUAAAACUUACUAGAUCAAUACAGUAAUUUCCUGUAACAAAUAUGUGUGUGCGUGUGUGUUUGUGACGAAACGGAACAUUCGCGUAAGUGGAAAUAUUAAAAUAGAGUUGAGAAUAAAAACAUAAAAACAAAAUAAAGUCUAAUUUAGCCUCAUUUUGAGGUAUUACUGCAUUAAAAUCCUCAUAUGACAUGCAGGAGAAGUGAACUCUUACUUAGCAACAACUGGCGUAAAUGAGCGAUUUCAUGCUAAAUGGGAGUCAUCUCCGUUGCAGUCAGGGAGAUUUAAGCGAGGCGCAUUCCUGCACAGCGCUCAGAGCGGAGGGACGAGCAGAGCCGCGGCGAAGCCCACACAACCGCAACGCCUCUCUCCUUAUCUCCGGGACCCGGAGCUCCCCUCACAAACCUCUCGGCUCUCGGUGGAGGUGAAAGGAAGUGCUGGGUGUCGCCCCGAACACACGCCGCGGUUACAUGUGCAGCAGCCUCGGCUGAAGAGGGAGCGGGAGGGGGGUCACGGUUGUGCCUGCGUGUGGCUGCGUGUUCUCGGACCGUGUCGAGCCGCGAUGUCGGAGUUUCUGGUGAGUCUGCUCGGGGAGCGGCUCGUGAACAGCGAGAAAGCCGAGGUGGACGUGCAGUCUCUGGGCGCGAGGCUCUCCCUGGUCGGGCUCUUCUUUGGGUGCAGCCUGAACGCCCCGUGCAAGCAGUUCAACGGCAGCCUGUGCGAGUUUUACAGCCGCUUCAAAAAGGCGUCCGAGCAUAAGGACAAGCUGGAAGUCGUCUUCGUGUCGUCCGACCAGGACCAGAAACACUGGCAGGACUUUUUGCAGGAGAUGCCGUGGCCUGCGUUACCUUUCAAAGACAGACACAAAAAGAUGAAACUGUGGAACAAAUACAAAGUAACCAGCAUCCCUUCGUUGGUGUUCGUGGACGCAGCGACAGGAAAGGUGGUGUGUCGAAACGGUCUGCUGGUGGUGAGGGACGACCCUAAAGGUCUGGAGUUCCCCUGGGGCCCGAAGCCCUUCGCAGAGGUGGUGGCAGGGCCUCUGCUCAGGAACAACAGGCAGACGGCAGACAGCAGCUCUCUGGAGGGACACUAUGUGGGAGUGUAUUUCUCAGCACACUGGUGUCCGCCGUGUCGCAGUCUGACCCGAGUCCUGGUGGAGUCCUACCGAAUCGUCAAAGAGUCCGGUCACAAGUUUGAGAUGGUGUUCGUCAGCGCCGACAGGUCAGAAGAGUCUUUUAAGCAGUAUUUCAGCGAGAUGCCAUGGUUGGCSGUCCCGUACUCGGACGAGGCACGUAGAUCUCGACUCAACAGGCUGUAUGGGAUACAAGGUAUCCCCACGCUGAUCCUGCUGGACGCCGAGGGCCGUGUGAUCACGCGACAGGGCCGCGUGGAAGUGCUGAACGACCCGGAGUGCCGGCUCUUCCCGUGGCACCCGCGGCCCGUGCUGGAGCUGAGCGAGGCCAACGCUGUGCAGCUCCACGAGGGGCCCUGCCUCGUCCUGUUUGUGGAUGCUGAAGAGGAAGGUGAACUGGAGCCAGCCAAGGAGUUGAUUCAGCCAAUAGCAGAGAAGCUCAUGGCCAAGUAUAAAGCCAAGGAGGAAGAGACGCCACUGCUGUUCUUUGUUGCCGGAGAGGACGACAUGAGCGACUCGCUGCGGGACUACACCAACCUCCCCGAGGCGGCGCCCCUGCUCACCAUCCUGGACAUGUCGGCCCGUGCCAAGUACGUCCGUGACGUGGAGGAGAUCACGCCGGCCGUGGUGGAGCAGUUCGUCAACGAGUUCCUGGCUGAAAAGCUCAAACCAGAGCCCAUCUAAAAAGAGAGGCUUCGAGUAGGAAAUGGACAUGCAGAAUGAGACUGUCACUCAACCCAGAUCCGUUYUCACACACACACACUUCGUAUCUCCGUCUCCCCUGCUCUCAUUCACCUCCACUCCUGACUGUUAGAUUAAAACAAAUGUCUCCUUACG